AUGGUUCCAAAUGAGGGCAGCAAGCUCCUGAAUCUCCUGCGAUAUGUCAACCCGUCGAACUCACUCGUUCACAUCCUCACAAUUGUUAUUGGCCUAAUCAGCAACUCUUUCUAUCGAAUGCCACCCCCGACUGGCUCGCUUCAAGCUGUUACAACAGUGCGCCACCAACAAGCGACCAUAGCCCUCUACCAGACUUCCCUCAUCAUGGGGCGACUGAACAAGAUGAAGCAGAUCAAAGCUGCUGUGUCCAAGAUGUCCCCGCACGGCGAAAAGAAGUCGAGCAAAAAGGAUGGUCCUUUGGCAUCUGGCGAGGACAAUGCGCCAAUGUGGAACACAGGCCAGGAAUUUCAGUUCUAUGUUCCCUGGUUGUGGAAAGACAGCCCGGAGCCACCACCAGACAAGCUACACCCCAAAAGACAAGUCGUUCGAAUCGCGCGACCCAAGAAAGUGCCUAGAUUCACAGAGGAGUUCCACCAAGCUUACAUUCGACACUGCGUUUCCAUUGCAGUCAAAGACCUCGUCUACGACAUGCAAUUCCACCUCACCUGUACCGAGGAUCAAGUGAAGCAGUGGAACUUACCUCAAAUAAAGGCAUGGGAGCGUUUCAACAUAGUGCAGAACAGCUGUGAUCUUCCAGAAGUCACUAUUCCAGGAUUUGACGGUGUUAUUCCAAUUGAAAUGACCAUGGCCAUCAAACAGGUGUCCAUCCACCGUGAACAAGCUUCCAACCUUUCAUGGGUCAAAUUGCCGUCUCCCGGACAGUGCAUAGAGCGAGUCAAGAACCACGUCCUUAUUCACGUCACGCCGGCGUGUAGCAUCCACGUGCAUAUCAAGCCGGAGAAUGCACUGCUAUUUGAUAUGCAGGCAUUCAAGAAGCUAGCUUCAAUCUUGUGGCUUGCUGAGGAGCGCUUAGAUAAACUCUAUCAGCCUGCACGUAACACUUUGGAGAACCCUUACUACCACUCCAUCCGACAUUCCUCGAAUCUGGCACUAGAGGAAGACCUGCUAGUGACAGGUAGUCUCGGAGAUCUUGCAAACUUCUUGGGAAUAGUCGACCUAUCCGGCGCCGAGAUGGAAAAGCUAUCAAUGAUCUGGAAGGCCUCUGACCGGUAUGAGUUGCGUGAGCUGCUCCGCGUCCACCCAAGCGUGGGAAAGCAUGGCUAUCUUGCCUACAACUUUUUCAAUCUGUUUCUGACCUCCCAGAAAGCGACAAUCGAGUUCCGAAAGAUAGAAUCGACAACGGAUGCUCGAAUUAUCGAUGCCUGGAUCGAGUGUUUUCUCCUGCUCGCCGAUUUCUCGGCAAAUUGCUCAAUGAAGACAUUCCAGAACAUGAUCGAGAGGCUGGGAAAACCUCAGAUAAUUUACAACACCUGGGAAUUCCUGAGAGACAUCGGGUGCAAGAACGCAGCCAUCGGCGUCUUGAGGCAGAAAUACAUCCAGCAGUCGCCUCCCGAAGAGCCGAGCCCUGCUCCCAGCAACACCAGGCAUCGCCGCCGAGAUGCCGUUCGUGAGCGAGCGGAGAAGACAGCGGAGAAGAUCUUUGGUGGCUAUAGCUACGGUCGCUGA